GCCGGUACGGAUCGGGCAUUGGCGGCACUGCAUCAUGGAUGUAACUGCAUGCGGCACUGACAGGGCUAUUGAUAUUACACCGGAAGAGAAUAAUACAUCAAUGGUGCAACCUCCGCUCUCGUGGUUCAUAACAUAGCCUAUUAGCAUGAAGUUAUAUGCAAAAUGAACAUUUGUCUUUACAGUGGAGUCGUUAUUGCUAGCACUAAUUGAUCAGAUUUGAGAUAGUAAGACAACAGCAGUACGCUUUAAGUGCAUAUACUGCCUAUUAGGUGACUGCCUGGAGUUUGAUAGAGUAGCUGUUAGCACUCCUUUCAAAAUGAGAACUGUUUUGAUGGUGGCAGAGAAACCAUCGUUGGCCCUGUCGAUUGCCAAAAUCCUCUCUAAAGGAAAUUGUACAAGUCGCAAGGGACUCAACGGAGCAUGCUCAGUGCAUGAAUACACCAGCAGCUUCCAGGGCCAAACUGUACGCUUUAAGAUGACUUCUGUUUGCGGACAUGUGAUGAGUCUGGAUUUCAUCGGGAAGUACAACAACUGGGACAAGGUGGACCCUGCGGAACUCUUUAGCAAAGCUCCCACAGAAAAGAAGGAGGCCAACCCCAAACUCAACAUGGUCAAGUUCCUCCAGGUUGAAGCCAGAGGCUGUGACUACGUGGUUUUAUGGUUGGACUGUGAUAAAGAAGGCGAGAACAUCUGUUUUGAGGUACUGGAUGCCAUCCAAUCAGUGAUGAACAAGGGGAGUGUCAGGGAGCAGAGCAUUUACCGUGCCAAAUUCAGCUCCAUUACUGAGACGGACAUCUGGAACGCCAUGAACCGCCUGGGAGUGCCCAACCACAAUGAAGCCCUGUCAGUAGAUGCACGUCAGGAGCUGGAUCUGCGCAUCGGCUGUGCCUUCACACGGUUUCAGACCAAGUAUUUCCAGGGCAAAUACGGCAAUCUAGACUCCUCCUUGAUCUCAUUUGGACCAUGCCAGACCCCAACACUAGGCUUCUGUGUGGAACGCCAUGACAAGAUCCAGUCCUUUAAACCAGAGACUUACUGGGUCCUCCAGGCAAAGGUGUUCAAAGGAAAGGACAGCCAACUGACACUGGACUGGAACAGGGUGAGGGUCUUCGACAGGGAGGUGGGUCAGAUGUUCAUCAACCUGGCCAAGACAUCCAGGGAGGCCAAGGUGGAUACAGUGAUUAAAAAAGAGAAGACCAAGCAGAGGCCCCAUGCUUUGAACACAGUGGAGAUGUUGAGAGUGGCCAGCUCUGCCUUAGGCAUGGGUCCCCAGCAUGCCAUGCAGAUUGCAGAGCGCCUGUAUACACAGGGCUAUAUCAGCUACCCACGUACUGAGACGACCCACUACCCAGAGAACUUCGACCUGAAGGAAACACUAAAGCAGCAUACCAACAAUCCCAUCUGGGAAGAAGAGGUGAGGACUACUGUGGAGCCAAGGGUGAAGGCUCUGCUUUCAACUGGAUUAAACCGACCCAGGAAAGGAACUGAUGCUGGAGACCAUCCACCUAUCACUCCCAUGCGUGCUGCCUCAGAAGGGGAACUGGGAAGUGAUGGCUGGCGGCUAUACGAGUACAUCACACGGCAUUUCAUUGCCACUGUCAGUCAGGACUGCAAGUACCUACAGACCACCAUAGACUUCAACAUUGGCACAGAGGCCUUCUCAUGUAGUGGCAAAACUCUGAUAUCACCAGGUUACACAGUAGUGAUGCCGUGGCAGGGCAUCCCUCUGGAAGAGGCCAUGCCAGCUUGUGAGCGUGGAGACACGUUCACAGUAGACGAGAUCAAGCUGUUGGAAAAGCAGACCAGCCCCCCGGACUACCUGACUGAGGCUGAACUCAUCACCCUCAUGGAGAAACAUGGCAUUGGUACUGAUGCCAGCAUCCCUGUCCACAUCAACAACAUCUGCCAGAGGAAUUAUGUGACAGUAGAGAAUGGGCGCAAGUUGAAGCCAACCAACCUUGGUAUUGUCCUGGUACAUGGCUACUACAAGACAGAUGCAGAGCUGGUGCUGCCCACCAUACGCAGUGCUGUGGAGAAGCAGCUGAACCUUAUCGCACUGGGUAAGGCCAACUACCAGCAGGUCCUGCAGCACACGCUGGAUAUCUUCAAGAGGAAGUUUCACUACUUUGUGGAUUCCAUCACCAGUAUGGAUGAGCUGAUGGAAGUCUCCUUUUCACCCAUUGCUGCUACUGGAAAGCCCCUGUCCCGCUGUGGCAAGUGCCACCGCUUCAUGAAGUACAUCCAGGCCAAGCCCAGCAGGCUCCACUGCUCCCACUGCGACGAGACCUACAGUCUUUCCCAGAAUGGAGCCAUCAAGCUGUACAAGGAGCUCCGAUGUCCACUGGAUGACUUUGAGCUUGUGCUGUGGACCUCUGGGGCCCGGGGAAAGAGCUACCCCCUGUGCCCCUACUGCUUCAGCAAUCCGCCUUUCAGGGACAUGAAGAAAGGUAUGGGAUGCAAUGAAUGUACCCAUCCGUCUUGUCAGCACUCUCUCAACUCUUUGGGCAUUGGACAGUGUGUGGAGUGUGACAGUGGGGUUUUGGUGCUGGAUCCCAUCUCUGGACCAAAAUGGAGGAUGGCUUGUAAUAAAUGCAACGUGGUGGUGCACUUUUUUGAACAUGCACACAGAGUGCAGGUUGCUCAGGAAAGCUGCGAUGCCUGCGACGCCUCUCUGGUUGCGGUGGACUUCAACAAGACUCGUACUCCACUCCCUGCAGGCGAGACCCAACACACCGGCUGUGUUUUCUGUGAUCUGGUCUUCCAGGAUCUGGUGGAGCUCAAACAUGCCACCAUGAGGCACUCCAUACAUCGGGGAGGGGGUGCAAGACGAGGAGGACGGGGACGUGGCAGGGGACGCCGUGGCAAUCUGAAAAAACCUAAAGACAAAAUGGCUGCCUUGGCAGCUUACUUUGUAUAGUGUCUGUGCCUAGUAUGUCCUGUUAUUUGCUAGACACAUAGCAUGAAUUUGUAUUUCAGUAAAUGGACUUCUGUUUUUACGUGUUUAAUUACACUGAAUUAAAAUAUGUAUUAAAAUAAAUGUUGAUGUAUGAAAACCUUA